CCAUAAUGCCCCGCGCCAGGCCGCGGUUGCCAGGCAACGCGCGGGGUCCCCGCUGCAGGUCGCGUGGGGUUCCGCGGGGCUAUGGGUUCCCCCGGCCUUCGGCCGCUCCUUCUUGUGCUCCUGGAUUGCUGCGCCUCCGUGAGCGCCCAGGCCGCUGCCACCCCGCCUGUGACGACGGAGGGCUUCAACUCUACGGAGGCAGCCUGGAUGACUCUCCGACCCGCCUUGUCUCCUAGGCCCCCCGGAACCCCCAAGGCCCCCGGGCCCUUCUCUGGCCCCAGGCCCACUCCGGUCACGGACGUUGCUGCUCUGUGUGUCUGUGACUUGUCUCCAGCACAGUGUGACGUCAACUGCUGUUGUGAUCCUGAUUGCAGCCCCGUGGAUUUCAGUGUCUUUUCUGCCUGUUCAGUUCCAAGUGUCACGGGUGAUAGUCAGUUUUGUAGUCAAAAAGCAGCCAUCUAUUCAUUGAAUUUUACAGCAAACCCACCUCAAAGGAUAUUUAAACUUGUUGACCAGAUUAAUCCAUCUAUUUUCUGCAUUCAUAUUACAAACUAUAAACCUGCGUUAUCAUUUAUUAACCCAGAAGUGCCUGAUGAAAAUAAUUUUGAUAAAUUGAUGGAAACAUCUGAUGGUUUUUCCUUGAAUUCAGAAUCAGAGAUUUCUUUCACAAUCCAGUCAGAUGCUCCAGAUACUGCAAAAUAUGAGUAUGGGGUUCGUCUGCAGACUUCAGAUUCAUUCUUGAGAUUUCCCUCUCCCCUUACGUCAUCUCUCUGCACUGAUGAUAACCCUGCAGCAUUUCUGGUGAACCAAGCUGUUAAGUGCACCAGAAGGAUAAAUUUGGCACAGUGUGAAGAAAUUGAAGCCCUGGGCAUGGCUUAUUACAGCAGCCCUAAAAUUUUGAGGGUGCCUGGUUUAAGAACAAAGGCAGAGAUCCCUAUCACUGUUCAGUCCAUCCUCAUGGAGUCUCUGAAUAAAACGCUAGCCCGACUGGAGGACACAGAUGUACUGAACCAGGCUCUUGUUGAGGCUGGGGACGUUAAAAUCUGCACUAACGUUGUUCUUGAGGUCAAGUACAGCCUCACAUAUACAGAUGCAGGGGAAAUAACCAAAGCUGAUCUCUCUCUCCUUCUGGGGACAGUGAGCAGUGCAAUGCUUCCACUUGAGCAAAAGUUUGAAAUUCGUUUCAUUCAGCAAAAUACAAAGCCGGUUCCUCUCAGUGGAAACCCUGGUUAUGUUGUAGGGCUCCCAUUAGCUGCUGGAUUUCAGCCUCAGAAGGGAUCUGGGAUUAUUCAGACCAUGAACAGAUAUGGACAACUUACUAUUCUUCGAAGCACAGCGGAGAAAGACUGCUUAGCACUCGAGGGGAUCCGGACCCCAGUGUUAUUUGGUUAUGAUAUGCAAUCUGGCUGUAAGCUAAGACUGACCAAAGCCAUCACGUGUCAGCUCGCAGUGCAGAAAGUGAAGAGCCUCCUGAAGGGCCAUGGCUUCCCGGAUUAUGUGGCCCCUUUUGGAAAUUCCCGGGCCCAGGAUGUGCUGGACUGGGUACCCAUCCACUUCAUCACCCAGGCGCCCCACAUGAAGGAUUCCUGCCAGCUCCCAGUGGCUUUGGUUAUAGAAGUGAAGUGGACAAAGUACGGAUCCUUACUGAACCCACAGGCUAAAAUAGUGAAUGUCACUGCAAAUCUAAUUGCAUCCUCAUUUCCUGAGACCAACUCAGGAAAUGAAAGAACGGUUCUUAUUUCCACUGCGGUUACUUUUGUGGAUGUGUCUGCACCUGCAGAGGCGGGCUUCAGGGCUCGGCCAACCAUCAAUGCCAAGCUGCCGUUUAAUUUCUUCUUCCCCUUUGUUUGACGUAAGUUUUUAAUCAAGGCAAUGCCACCACACCUCUAGAAUCAAGUGCUGUGGGGCGUGGGCUCCCUUGGAGACCUCCUGUGGUGUUACACCUCUGACCUGUGGGGUUGCCCUCAAACCACACAUCUCCUCUCUCCGCUCUCCGCUCACUUCCCUCCUUCUUCCUUUUGGAAAUUCUACUUAGUGUGACCUUAGAAUGGGGCACCGUCUGGUCUUGGUGAUUUCCAGUACUGUCGGCACAUAGGUCACGUGUGGAAAGCAAACUGCAGCUUUGGGAAGAUGGUACAGGGGACAGACCCUGAAGUAGCUCAGGCAUCGAGGCUUCAUCCAGUGUAUUCCUCCUCUGCUUCAACAUGACUUGUUUUAAAAAUACUUACUGUUUGUAGUCCAGGCUUUCUUUCCUUUACUGGUCCCGUGGAAACGAAUACAAAAAGAGCAAAAUUGUACAAAAUCAUGCAAGUAGAGCACAGGGCCUCAUGAGGGGAUCUUUCCCCGGUGUCACCUUCGUUACGUGGAGUCUUGGGUCUCAUUGCUAUUUCGGUGGCAGGCACUGGAGCUCUCCAACGGGUGGGUUGUACGGGAUACCACAGAGCAGUUUCUAGCAGUUGAUGCUGGAAAGAAUAGAGUAGGAGGUCCCGAGGGAAGGAGCUGCUUUUAUACAUUAAUUGCACAGUAAUUGAGAAAAAAGUUGUCAGGUGGCGGAACUGGGUAGAGCCAGUUAGAAGCUAGACUCGGCAGAGGAGGGGCUGGGUACCCGAGGACGACCUCCCUGGAGGAAUAUGCACCAAGAGGAGCUGUUGAGAACAGCUUGGGAAGAGAAGACUUUCUAGAAUGGGCUGGUAGCUAAGGUAGCUUUCUUUUUUCCUUUGUCUUUCAGAAUGCCCAUAUGAAAGAAUGCACUGGUUCCUCAAUAUACACGCGAAAUGUGAAAAGUACACUGAUGAGAUAAAAUUUUACAUACAACUA